AGACUGCUGCAGCCGAACUUCGCAAAUGGGAACAGGAGGAUGCCGCCCGCCGGCAGACGACCUAACGCCAGCUGGUAAAAGUCGAGGCAGCGCACCAGCGGGCUGCAGCAGAAGCUGCGGCAGCCGCACGGUUACAGCAACAGCAGAUCGAGGCCAGUAAGAAUCAAGUUCUGUACCAGGCCACGCAAACGAAGAAUCUGCGUACCGCAGGUUACUUCAACAGCAGCACUUUCAAGCAACCGAAGAACAAGAGGAGCUGACCGAGGAAGAGAGAAGCAAGGAGGCCAUAGCAGUAUUGAUGGAAAAUCUGCUGUACACGUGCCAUUGGCAGCAACGCAAACUGCUGGCCAUGAGGCAGACCUUCAUCCGCUACAAAACAACCUUUCGAACACUGGAACAGAAGACCGCCACCUUGCAGACCGCGAACAGCGACCAGCAGACCAUCAACGAUCAGCUGCAGACCAAUGUCAGCACGGGGUUGGCACGUCUAUCUGCAUUUGAGUCGACGGGCAGUGCAGUUUCAGACUGCAGCCCAGCUUUGGCCGCUCAAGCCAAGCAACUCGAAGAGCGGAUCAACCACGUAGUCGCAUCCCUUGGCGACAUCAGCAAGUUUGCCCGGACGUCUGCGGUCAGCAAUCAGCUGCAGACGCUCAGCGAUCGCAUUCAACAACGAACGGCUGCCGUCGUCAAGGAAUGGAAAAUGUCGAACUUCAAGAUUGAGAAGUUCGACGACUACCACAAGACCGAUCCGCUGCAAUGGUGGAUGGCAUUCAACGUGGAGGCGGACGCACAUCACGUCCCACCACUACGGCGGCUUAACGCGCUCUACCUCCAGCUCAUCGGAGGGGCACAAGCAUUUAUGACUCACAUGGUCAUCACGUUGGAAUGCACCAUCGCCACCCUCAACACCGAGAUAUUUUGGGAGGAGUUCGAGAAGAAGUGGAAGACCCGGUUCAUGGUCAACAACGACAAACAUCACGCGUUGAACAAGAUCUUCCACAUCUUUCAAGGCCAGCAAACAUCACGGGAAUGGCUGACAGAGUGGCAAAGACUCGUUGCCACCCCGGAGUUAAACUUGUUGUUCAACGCAAUCCGGGCUGAGUUCUUCGCCCGAUCUUGCGACGGCUUGACAGCUGCCCUUGGCAGCGAAUUUCAGUAUGAGACCUUUAAUGAGAUGAUCUCAAAGGCAAGGGAACUCAUACAAGUCUCUCUCACGUCCGGGGACUCCGUGGUAGUGGCAAGUUCUCGGAUCCACUUCGAGAACUAUGUUGUCCAGCUGGUUCCGCCGUUGAACCAGCCUCUCCACGUACAAGAUUCAAGCGCAUGCUCGGUGUUACCGCCAUCGAACAACGAACCCGUUGCUUCACCAACCCUUCUAUCAGAGGAUCCGGCAACUUGGGCGAGUCUUGAGGCACUCGACCCGUUGACGGUUGAGAACUUCCAAUGGUUGCCUCUUCCCUCCACCGAUUCUUUGCCAACGCCGCAUUGCAACGCCCUAAUGGCACAUUUACGCGAAUACUUGCACGCUGCAGUACCACCUCCGUCGACGGACGACGGAGUAGCGGUUGUUGACCUUCGCAGUUAUCUCGCGAAGAUCGACCGCGAGCACACAACGCAACGGUACGUCGACGGCGACGCACCGCUCCUCUACAUCCCCAUUCAAAUUGGAAAGGCGACCUGCAGUUCCUUGAUCGAUUGUGGAGCGACUCGCAACUACAUCAUCCAAGACUUCAUGGCACGCGUUGGGCUUGGCCAGCGCGUUCGAAGGAAAAGUCAGCCUACGCAUGUCACGUUGGCGGAUGGUCACACGCAAAAGUCGAUAGACCGCUUUGUUGAGUCCGUGCCCGUGUACUAUGCCCCGCUAGCAUGUGAGGCCGUGUCAUUCGACAUCUUGGACACUAAGUUCGAUAUGAUCUUAGGCAUGUCGUGGCUGCAAAGCGAAGACCAUCCGAUCGAGAUCCAGCCAAGAGAUCGGUACAAGAUCGCGUUCAAGACGCGGUAUGGGUACUUUGAGUGGAUCGUCAUCCUUUUCGGUCUCACCAAUGCCCCGGCUACUUUCCAAGCGGCUAUGACGACGAAAUUUCGUGACCUGCUCGACCGCACCGUACUCAUUUACCUUGAUGACAUCUUGGUUUAUAGCCGGUCGUUGGACGAGCACCUUCGCGCCGUUUUGGAGCGACUCCAUAUCGCCAAGUACAAGGCAAACCGCGACAAGUGUGAGUUUGCCCAGCAAGAGUUGGACUACUUGGGCCAUUACGUUACGCCGCAAGGCAUUCGUCCGCUCGAAGACAAAGUACAAGCCAUUCGAGAUUGGUCGGACGUCGCGUGCACUAUCAACAUUCGCUCCUUUCUCGGCCUAGCAUCAUACUACAUGUGUUUCGUCAAGAGCUUCCAACGGAUCGUUGCACCAUUGACGCGACUUCAAUUCCCCUUGGUGCCCUUCAAGCUCAACGACGAAGCCCUACACGCGUUCCAUACGUUGAAGACGGCCUUGCUUCAAGCUCCCGUCUUGAGCAUCUAUGACCCGACCUUGCCAACCAAAGUGGACACGGAUGCUUCCGGCAACGGCAUUGGCGCGGUUUUGGAACAGCAUGACAGCACAGACUGGCAUCCGGUUGAAUACUUCAACCAAAAGGUGCCGCCCAUCAAUUCCCUUGAUGAUGCAAGGAAGAAGGAACUGCUAGCUUUUGUCAUUGUACUUAAGCGUUGGCGUCACUUUCUCCUCAGGCGUCGGCGAUUCACGUGGGCAACGGACAACAAUCCGUUGACUUAUUACAAGACGCAAGACACGGUGAGCAGCACAAUCGGUCGCUGGAUGUAUUUCAUUGACGAGUUCGACUUCACCUCCAACCAUAUUUUGGGCCCCUCGAACAAGGCAGCGGAUGGUCUCUCGCGAAGACCCGAUCUUUGCGCCUUGGUGCACUCCACAUUCGGCCUCGACGAGGACCUGCAACAACAUUUUGUAAAUGGCUACAAGUCGGAUCCGGGAUUCUCCACAGUCUACGCGGACUUAUCACUGGAUCAACCACCGACAAGCAUUUAUCCCAUUGUCGACGGCUACUUGCUUCUCCAUACAUGAGGCAAGGACUUGUUGUGUGUUCCCCAAAACCGCAUCUUGCGCACUCGACUCCUUGGCGAAUACCACGAUU